ACAGUAACCAUAGCAACUGGUAACGUUUGGCUCUACACAUCCGCCGUUCCCCGUACACUGUAACCACGUGAAGUACGAUGGACGCAAAGCAGGACGAAAGUGCGGGCAAACUACAAUCAGCGCGCUCGUUGAAGGCUUUAAUGAUGACUAACAGCCCGCAAAGCAACACCAACCUUUAUGACCACCUCACCUUGUUGCUGAUGAAGGUGAUGGAUGAGCAUCCACAUGAUGCAGUGGAUGUCAUUGAGGAUAUAAGCCACGAUGUAAAGCUGACGUUCUCUGAAGACAAGCAAAAUCUCCUGCGAGACCUUCCAGAGACUACAGCUGCUGAGCUGUUAGCCGAGCAGCAGCGCCUGCUGUUUUCUCGGCCAGAAGAAGAUGAACAGGAGGAGCAACUGAAAGCUGAUGUUUUUCCAGUCUUUGCUGUUUCACUGAUUCCUGCAACUGUCGCCCAUAAAUGGAUGAGCAACCAUUAUAAUAUGGAAACACUUCACCCUAAUGUGAGAGAGGUCGGCUUCUACUUGGAGCAGGCUGGGGUAGGCCUGGGCAGAGAGGAGAUGCAGAGGAUUUUCCUCGCACUGAAACAGCUUGUUGAGUCACAGGCACUGCUGGGCUGCCGACUGUGGGGAAAAAUUCUUGGAACAGAGAGCAGCUAUAUUGUUGCUGAAGCCCAGUACAUAGAGGGGGAAGAAGAGAAGAACUCUGAAGAAGUAGCUGAGGAAGAAGAGGAGAGAGAAGCAGAGAAUGAGAUGGAUCCCCUUCCUCGUUCAACCUAUAAACCCCUACCGGCAGUGCCAAAGGAAGCCCUUGGAACAGGCGCAAACACGUUUGUGUAUUAUGUGUGCAAAGAGCCUGGUCAUUCUUGGGUAAAGCUCCCUUCAGUCAGUCCAGCACAAAUUACUGUUGCUCGCCUGAUCUAUAAAUUCUUCACCGGGAGGCUUGACAGCCCCGUUGUCAGCUACCCGCCUUUCCCCGGGAAUGAAGCCAACUACCUGAGAGCACAGAUUGCUCGGAUCUCUGCUGGCACACAGGUCAGCCCCAGGGGCUUCUUUCGGGCUCGAGAGGAGGAAGGUGAUGAGGACGAGGUAGUGCAGGACAGCAUUGAAGUGAAUCCUGACUUUGAGGGCAUUCCCGUUUCUGAGAUGGCGUCUUUCUCCAACUGGGUGCAUCAUGUUCAGCACAUUCUCCAGCAGGGCCGCUGUACUUGGGUAAACCUGGCUGCGAAAAGUGGAGAAGACUCUAAUGAGGAAGGAGAGGCUGAAGAGAAGGAAGAGCCUGAUGAACCUGAGCCAGAAGUUGGACCCCGUCUGUUAGAUUCCCUCUCCAAAGAUUCAGAAAUGUUCAACAUUCCUCCCUGGACCUUCAAGGUGUCCUCCACACUCACCUUCCAGCAUGCAGUAGCUGUUCAACGUUCUAACCUUUGGCCAGGAGCAUAUGCAUACGCUUGUGGAAAGAAGUUUGAGAACAUAUAUGUGGGAUGGGGUCUGAAGUAUGCGGGGGAAGGUUACAGCCCACCGGUACCCCCGCUACCACAGACACAAUAUCCACAAAUGACAGAGGCCCUAGACCCAUCACUGGAGGAGGAGCAGGUGCUUGAAGAAGCUUUGGAAGAGCAGCGCGCUGUCCAGAAGCAGAUGGAAGACUUAGACGAUGAGGAUGAGGAGGAUGAUGAUGAUUAAGAAAACAGUCAACAGUAAUUUGUUAUACAUGUGUUUUUGUACUGUUUGAUAUUCAUAAAAAGCAGUACAUGGACCCUGGGGGAGAAUGAUGGAGUUAAGUUAUAACUAAGAGCAGUUUGUCCUCAUGCCUUAUGUGUAUUUAGAAACACCUACGUCAUGUAGCUUAAGCCAUUUAAACUUUAUACUUGAUAUUAUACAUUCGAUGUGUACCCAUAGUUUGGAAAUGUGCUGUUAGAAUGAUGGAAGUGGAGGUAACGAACCGUUCUGGCUCACUACUGCUCUUUGUGUUGGUGAGGAGCAACCCAUAUGUAAGCAGACUGGUUCUGCAGGUCAUGGGCCACCUCCAAAUUCUGCCAAAGAGAAGAGCCCUCAUUCCCUGAACCCAGCCUUCUUCCUGUGGCCUAACGACUUCUAGAACUGCCUGGAAUGCUUUAAACAUAAUGGUAAAUUAACAAAUAUACACUCAAUCUUUGUGAUACAAACUUCUCCUGAUGAACAGCCAUUUGCAGAAAACACAGCGGAGCUUUGCUCUAGGCCUCACAUCGUUCUCAACCUUCUCAUUUAUGUAUACAAAUUAAAAUUAAGAUUUAAAAAAUGAG